GAGAGGCUGCUGAGCGCUGGAGCUCCGAUGGACCCGCAAGAGUUCCAGGUCCACUACUCCCCUCUCAUGCACGCAGCUUCCUACGGGCACGUGGAGGCCUGCAAGUACCUCAUCGAGCGAGGAGCGAACGUCUCCGCCAGGAGCUUCUACAACGGCACUGCCCUCCACUACGCAGCUGCCAAGGGGCAAGUCGAAGUCUGCCAGCUCCUGCUCGACUACGGAGCAGAUCCCAACAGCUUCGCGGAGUGGGGAGGAACGCCGAUGGAGUGGGCGCUGGAGACGUUCGAGAUCGAGGCGGCCAAGUUUCUC